AUGACCACAGCAUCCCAAGACAACGACGAGCCGUCCUACAUCGACUACGAGACAUUCCUAGAUCCGAAUUUCAAGCCAGCUGCCUUUGCCAACUCGCUGGUCGUUGCGACCAACAACCCCAAUGACUCCACGCUAGACCUAUCAACCCCCCUUUCGAGGGUUCUCUUUGACGCCCAAGAGGUCGACUCGCACAUUGACUCUCUGACGACGCGCUCUGCGAUACCGCUACUUCAGUAUACCCAAGAGCAAACAAGCGCCAGUGCACGGAUCGUUGAUGAGCUUGACGCUCAGAUCAAGACGUUGAAUGAUAGCUACAAGCAGCUAGAGAAGGAGGUUGUCGAUAAGCAUGCCGAAGCAGACGAGGUGCGGCAGGUUGCUCUGCGACUAUGGGAGACUUUGAGAUUGGCGCGGUCUGUUGGUCGAUGUCUGCAGCUCGGACGCCAGCUCGAAGUCCAGCAUGCCGACCUGGGAGGCUCAGGGGCUGGUGACGACCAAGCCGCUUUGGUGCGGUGCUCCUACACCAUUCUCAGUCUGCGGGAGAUACUCGAGAAAAGGUCGCAAGGAGAAGAAGGGUUCGGGCUAAACAGAGUGGACGCGGUGCGCAGCCUGCAGGACACCGUCAUCAACCCCAUUGAACGCGAAGAGGCUCGAGAGAACAUGGCGUCGGCCAUGGCGACUCUAUAUCUUCUGUCGCCAUUGGUCACGCUCAAGGCGGAGAAAUGGGAGAAAUGGAUCCCUCGGUAUCUGCUCGUCGCCCUCGAAUCCUACAUACGGACAGCCCUGCAGACAUCUGUGACGAUCCUCUCCCGAGCCUUGAGUCAGCUGCCGACGCUGGAAAGGGCGCUGUUGGAAGUCUCUGCCAAAUGCCAGCACAUUGUCGCCCUGGAGAUCAUUCUCGAAGCUACCAAGGCGCCUUCGCACCCACUGCUCCCCGCUGAUGCACGGCAGAGCCAAGUACCACUGCUGCAGUCCAUGUACGCGCACCUGGAGACAUCCUCGCUUCCAUCGUACUACUGGCGAACAAUGGCUAGCAACCUGGCCAGUCGUGUGCAAGACAUUGUCAACCGAGGCGGCGUGGUCGCGAGGACCUUGAAAUCGAACAAAUCCAAUGUCGGGGAUGCCAUCCGACACGCCGUCCUCAGGGGCUGCCAGCCGCCCAACGCACUGUCCGGGUCGAGGAGGACGACGGGCAACUGGGAGCGUGAAAGUGCAGUCAUGGUGGCGAGCGUAGUCAACAACCUGGGCCUCGUGCACCCAAAGGAGUACGACAUCAAAGACAGCAACGUCGAGCUCAUUGGCACCGAUAUAGACCACCAGGUCAAGUACAAUUCGGCCGUGUCCGAGCCAGCCUGGCACGCCAACAAUGUAGGCGCCGCGGCUGGCCUUCACAUCUGGCGCAUUGAGGACUUCCAGGUCGUCGGCUGGCCCAAGGACAAGUACGGCCAGUUCUACGACGGCGACAGCUACAUUGUCCUGCACUCGUACAAGGUCGGCGACGACAAGCUGGGCCACGACAUCUUUUUCUGGCUGGGCAACCACACCACGCAGGAUGAGGCGGGCACCGCGGCAUACAAGACCGUCGAGCUCGACGAGUUCCUCCAUGGCGCAGCCACCCAGCACCGGGAAGUGCAGCGUGCGCCGUCGGACGAGUUCCUGUCUUUGUUCCCGCGCAUAUCCAUUCGCGCCGGCGGUGUCCGAUCUGGCUUCCGCCACGUGGAGGAGGAGGUCAAGGAAGAGAUCCUCACACUUCUCCGCGUGUUCAAGAACCCAAGUGCCGGCGCCAACGGGUUGGUUGUGCACGAAGUGGAACCCACUUGGAAAAGCCUGGACGACGGUGAUGUCUUUGUCCUGGACACUGGCGACAAGAUCUGGGUAUGGCAGGGCAAGGGCUGCAGCCCCAUGGAGAAGGCCAAGGCAGCCCAGGUUGUCCACGACAUGACCCUCGCCAAGCACGUCGAUGUCGAGGUCCUGACACAGGCAGAGUCGCGCUCGAGGCGGAUCGUUGACCUGCUGGGUGGAAAUGACGAGACGCCCACGGACGGAUUCAAGGCCAGCCGACCUUUGGCCCAGGCUCGCAAAGUGGGACAGGAGGGGACGACCAAGAAACUUUUCCGCCUGAGCGAUGCUUCGGGUGAGCUGACUUUUGACCUGGUCAAGGACGGCCCCACCCUUUCCACGGACGAUCUCGAUGGGAACGACGUAUUUAUCCUUGAUGACGCUGGUCAGGCUGUCUGGGUUUGGGAAGGGCAAGGGGCCAGUAAGGCGGAGAAGUCCAAGUGGUUGCAUGUGGCAAGGGUGUACAUCAACUGGCUGACCAGCCAAAACGACGACGCUUAUCUCAUACCGUUGGCAAAGGUGCACGAGGGUCACGAGAGUCGUUCUUUUUUGAAAGCUAUUGAAACAUAG